AUGGCCUGCGCCAGCUCAGCCGUCGUGGAGGGGGACGCGGCUGCCUUCGCCGCAGCCAUCAGGAGCCUCAUCAACAACCCGCAGUUCAGCGACGUGACGUUCGUGGUGGGCAGAGAGAGGCAGGAGGUGUUCGCUCAUCGCUGCAUCCUCGCCUGCCGCUGCCAGGCCUUCCAGGGGAUGCUCAGCCAGCCCCAGACGGGUGCCCAGGAGCCGUGGCCCCCCCAGACCCCAUUGGUCCUCAGCCAUGUGCAGCCCGAGGUCUUCUUGGCCGUCCUCGAGUUCCUAUACACCAACAGUGUGACCCUCAACAGCCUCACCGCCCUGGAGGUGCUCACCUCGGCUGUGGAGUACGGGUUGGACGACCUGAGGAAGCUGUGCAUUGACUUCCUCACGGGCGCGCUGAGCGUGGAGCUGGUGUGCGAGGCACUGCAGGCAGCUGUGACCUAUGGACAGACGGACCUGCAGGAGCACUGCCUGGUUUUCGUGGAGGACUGCACGCAGGAGGUGGUGCAGACACGGAGUUUCCAUGAGCUGUCGGCCGCAGCGCUGGUGGCCGUGCUGCGCAGCGACCGGCUGGCCAUCGACGAGCCAGACCUGAUCCGGGCCGUGCGGGAAUGGGCCCACGUCAGCUCGGCUGUCCUGGAGCGGCCAGUGGCCGAGGUGGCAGCGGGGCCGGUGCGUGAGCUCCGCCUGCCCCUGCUCUCACCCCAUGAGCUGGCAGCCCUGGAGAGCCACAACCAGAGGGAUCCGCUCAUCCCGGUCGAGUGCAUCGCUGAGGCCUGGAAGUGCCAUGUGCUGAAGAAGGGGAGCGGGGCACCAUCCCGUCUGUGCCAGCGCCGCAGGGGCACCCAGCCCCGGGAGCACCACAGCUACCUCGAGUGAGGAGGUGGCAGCCAGUGGCAGGCACCGGGCGUCGCGGGGGGCAGGGAAAGGCUGUUCCCUCGUCUCCAGGAUGAGUGACGGGGCAAAGUGCACUUCCCAGGACGCUGCUGGCCUUGCGCACUCAUUGUGCCAGAGCUGGGGGCAGGCCUGGCCCAUCCCAGCCAGUGCCAGGCCAGGCUCAGGGCUGCCAUUGUCCUGCGUGGGGGGGCAGGGCUGAGAUGGCACCUGCCCACAACGCUCCCCCUUGCGUGAGUUUGCUGUGAGGACCAGGUAGGCUGCCCAGUUGGCAUGGCUGGGGGUGGCAGGGCAGGGCCGGGGAGAGGCUCCCACCCAUCAUCUCCUAUUCAGGCAUGGCCAGAUCAGCUGAGCCGACAGCCCCGCACUCUGGCAGUGGAUUGAGACAGGCCUGGAUUUUCCUGUGGCCCAGACAGGAGGCUGAGUGGGGUGACGUGACAGCCUCCUGUCUGAGCCCGAUCUCGUGUGGAACUGGGGAAGGUCAGGUUAGUACCUCCUGCAGCCCGGGGCCAGCUACAGCAGCCCAGGGAUUGCUCUAAUAUACACCUGGGCUGUAACAAAGGCUAGCUAGCAGCCCAGACUAGCCAGAGGGCCCAACCCAGUUGCGGCCGCUCCCUCACCAAGCACAAGUGGCUCCGGGUGUCUUCAGCGGCACUGAAGCUUCAUCGCCGAAAUGCCGCCGAAGACCUGUGGAGCGAGGGAAGGUCCUGCCACCAAGGUGCCGCCGAAGACCCGGAGCACCGCCCCGUCAGUAAAAGCACCGCAGCGGGUGGCGCCUUUUUUUUUUCCCGCUCCCCCUCUUCCCUCCACCUGGCUACACCGCUGGCCCAGCCUCGUGGGUGAGCCCCCUCCUGCCUCCCCUGGGGUGUGCGCUGCCCAGGGACCCCCCUGAGCUGGGGGGAGACCUAGCUUGGGAUGCCAGCUGCUUUCCAGCCCCUUUGUGCACAGGCCCUGCCUCAGGGCUGACCUCUCCAGCGUGUGCAUGAUCCUGGACGGGGAUUGGAGGCCCACCAGCCCCAGGGCCACAUCACACCCCUCACCAAGUCACAGGGCCACCGAAGGAGGGGGCCAGCCCUGGCACAUGCUGGACCAGGCCUCCGGGGGGUCACUCGGGGCCCUGGGGCUGCCCUGCAGCGCACACAGGAUCAAUAAAGCUCCAUGGAGCUCACUGCUGAGUCAGUGUCUUGGUUUCAGCAACGCCU